AUGAAUGGUGAUACAUUUUACGACUGGAUGAAAAACGUAAUACCACGACUCAAAGAGAAUUGUGUCAUUAUAAUGGACAACGCCCCGUAUCACUCGGUGAAAAAAGAAAAAAUCCCAAAUACAACUACAAAAAAAGCAGACAUCAUAAAAUGGUUACAGGACAAGGGCGAAGUAAUUGAUCGACGUAUGGUGAUUCCUGAAUUACUCGAUAGAGUACAAAUACUAAGACCACAAUACGAAAAGUAUUUAAUUGACGAUCUGGCUGAAACACACAACAGGACAAUUUUAAGACUCCCUCCAUAUCAUUGCAAGUUAAAUCAAAUAGAAUUGGCGUGGGCUAACGUGAAAGAUCACGUGAAAAAGAACAACACCAGCUACAAGUUGAGUGACGUCAAAACUCUUUUAUUGGAAGGUAUAGAGAGAGUGGAUGAGAGCAUGUGGAAAAAUUUUAUAAGACACACUAUGACCGAGGAAGAAAAAUUCUACAAAAUCGAUUUCAUAGUAGACGAUUUGUUGUCUGCAGAAACAGAAAAUCUGACAAUGACGGUUGGCGAUACGUCUUCGGAGUCUGAAUUCACUAGCGAUGAUGAGUAA